AUGCCCGCCGAGCAGUCUGCGGCCAGCCCUUCUGGCGCCAAGGAAAUGCCCAAGCAAUCCGCAGAGAAUGACCAAGCCGGCGAUGAUCGCAAGGAACCUACAUCACCUUCAAAAGAGAAGACACAGGGAGAAUCAGGAGGAGAGGCUAGCGUAAAUGACGCCAGUACGGACAAAAAAGACGAUGAUGCUGCCUCAAGAGCCCGCCAAAGACAAGAAAGAUUCAAGGCUCUCCAAGCUCGCGCAAAAACUGCUACUGAGCGGAAUCUGAAAGAAACGGCUGCCGAAACACAGCGUCUCGCAACCGAUCCGUCGCUGCUUUCUUCGCUCUCUCGCAAACAUGCUUUCGCAUCGCACAACCUUCUCAAGGCUGACACCGAAGCCGCUGGCGAGGAUUUUGAACGUAAGCGUGCAUGGGACUGGACCGUCGAUGAGUCCGAAAAAUGGGAUAAGCGCAUGGAAAAGAAGCAGCGUCAUCGGGACAAUGUCGCAUUCCAGGACUACACCCAAGACGCGAAGAAAGUGUACAAGAGACAGCUGCGGGAAGUACAGCCUGACCUCGAAACGUACGAGAGGGAGAAGAUGGCGGCGAUCGAAAAAGCUGCUGCCAAUGGCGAUCUCGAGAUCGUCGAGACCAACGACGGUGAAAUGAUUGCCGUCGAUAAGAACGGCUCUUUCUACUCCACGGCUGACAGUGUUGGCUUUACGGAGAACAAGCCCGACCGAGCUGCUGUUGACAAGCUCGUGGAUAACCUUCGGAAAGCUGAGGAAGUCCGACUUAAGAAGCGGAGGGACCGCCGCGGAGACGACGACGGCGACGUCACUUACAUCAACGAAAAGAACAAGCAGUUCAACCAGAAAUUGUCGAGAUUCUAUAACAAAUACACUACGGAAAUUCGCGACAGCUUCGAGCGUGGUACGAUGAUCUGA